AACACACUGAUUUCUUGAGAAAAAAUAACGAGUUCACUGUUAGUCGGGUUCGCGGCCGCUUCGCCUUCCAAGACGGCCAAGUGUAAUAUUUAAUACAUUUUAUACACGUACUUUUUCGAUUACAGCCUAUUUAGGCAAACGAUUCUAUAAAGACUACGGGGAAAAUGAUCCCUUUGCAUUUUGUUUUUCUGAAGUUAUAAUUUCACGAACUACAAAAUAUAAUGAAAUAGGUCGAGCGUCACGGCUGAUCUCGCCAACAGGGACGGGGCGCAAGAACGUGAUUUCAGCAAUCGCUUAAAUUGUGUUUAUAAAGCUAAUCGAUUAUUCGCAAUCAUUUUGCCGUUGAAAGAUCAUUGCAAGUAGUGCACGGCUUUGUUUUUACGUUAAUCUUCUAGUUUGAGUUUUGUGAGGAAUGGACGCUGUAUACCCUGCCGCAGCUUCGGUGCUGGCGCGCGGUCGACGCCGGCGGCGCACCGAGCCCCGGCAGCGUCAUCGCACCAUGCCCGUAACCUUCGCGGAAAUCAAGGAGGUAGACGAAGAAAAAGAGAUGGACGAAGAGGCGCACGGUACCAGCGUUGUGAGCGUAGCGACCGCAGCAGAGGAACGUCGACGUAGGCCAGACCUUCUCGAAGAACGUCUCGGCCGGGAGUUUGCAGAGUUCCGACGAAGACGUGCACGUCGAGAUCAUUUCCACGAGCCCGACGAACUCGCAAUAUCCUCCUCGCCGCCCGCUGCAUGUGCGCCGUCGCCGCUGUCGCGAGCCAGUAGCGAGCCGAGCCCGACCACGACCACCAACCCUUCUUGAUUAUUGUUUGUAUUCAGUACGUUGGACUAGGAAGAUAUCGCGAUACGAAAAUAUUUUUCGAAAGUAUAACAUGUAGCCAUACCAAGCCUACGCCAUUAAAUAUUUUAAGGGAGGUGUAUACUAGACAAUUACAAGUACACGUUUAAAACUAACUAAGUAGGGCUUUGUGCAAGCCCGAUCGGGUAGAUACACAUUUUAUUUCAAAAUAAGAGUAUUCGUGGCCCUGUGAUAUCCAACCCAAAUUAUACGUAUUUAAAAAUUUGUAUGUAUUUGUUUGAUAAAUUAUUAUUACCUUUAUGUUACAGACAAAUACUUAGUCAGUCCUUUCCGCGUACGAUACCGCAUUAUACGUGACCAAGACUGACGUUCUCCAUGAACGUAGUAACAAAACACUUCUAAGCCACAGCCAACGCACUCAGCGAAUGGUUAGGGAAAUCCCAACAAUAGUGUAGUGAAAUGUGUCAAAUGGAAUUUCCAACCAUUAUUUACCAACCAAUUACUUGCUACUCUGGAGUUACUCUUACUGUUGACAUUUUUAUGAUAAAAACACCAGCUUUAAAUGGUUUCGUUUAUUUUAAUAAUAAUAAAUAAAUAAAUAGCACUCUCAAGCAUGCACCACAAACAUCUUCAAUAAAUAGGCAAGUCUCUGUACACAAUGUUCAGACUCACAAACAUCAUCAUUGUUAAAGAGAACAGAUAACGUAUAGUAUAACUUUGAACAGCGAUAUUUUUUAUAUAAUCACUUAUUUAUGACAACAUGUAUUCAAAAACUUAAUUAAAAUAGUUAAAUUUUACAUUUAUGUACUUCUAUUUUCGUGAUGAAUAACAAUAUGCAAAAAGACACAUUCGAACUUAAUUCUCAUGCAAUUUUUUGGUAUUUAUGUACAUUAGAAGAAAUGUUAUUAACACGUCUAUCAUAAGCUGCUUGCGAUGUUCGCACAACAUAAUGUAUUGUAAAUCGGUGUUAUCUUUGUAUGAACGUAGUCGUAUAUACUUAACAAUUAAGUUAUACUAGUUUUACUUAACGGUUAGUUUUACUUAACUUAUAAUCUUCUUCUCAAAUUAAUCAAACAUUCGUUUUUGAACUUCGAGUUGGUAUUUAAAUUACAUUUUCAUAAGAUAAGAAUGUUAAAAAUUUUCAGCAUUGAGAAGUUCUUUUGAUCAUAAGUAGGUAAACAAAGGUAAUCAAUUAUAAUAUAACAUACAUAUACAUUUGUAUUACAAUUUUGAUCUCAUAAUUUCACCAACUCCUUUAA